AUGUAUAAUUGGUGUAUAAAAUUUAAUGUUGUUUACAUUCUAAAUACUUUUUUAUUUGUCAUUUUCAAUAUGCCUCUGUCAUCUGCUUUAUUAAAUAAAUUAAAAAAAAGAGGAAUAAUUAAAGAAGAUAAUGUACCAUCAAAUGAAGAGGAACCUGUAACAAAAAAAACAGCUUGUGAAAAUAAUAUAAAUGAGGAAGAAAAUUCAAUUAGUGAAAAAAAAUACCCACCUUUUGCUGAAUAUUGUCCUAACAAAUAUAAUCCAUUUCAUGUUUGUGUAGAAUUUUGCCACCUUAAUUGGGAACCAAAAUAUAAUGUAUAUCAGUUACAAAUGGAAUAUUUAGAAGCUAAACAUCAUUUAUUAUUAACAUAUCCAUUAGCACCAGGAUGGAGGGAGAUGUUUGAUGAGGGUUCAGGGCAACAUUACUUUUGGUAUCCACCAUCAGGAUUAGUCUCUUGGCUUCCACCAUCUCAUCCAGAAGCUAAAGUGACGCUUCCAUGUUAUAAACACGGGCAAAAUAAUUUUCGCCUGGCUUGUCUAGAAAGUACUCGAUUAGAAGAUAACGAUGAUAAUGAGGUGAAGGUCAAAAUGGCUUCAACAAUUGAUAAUGUAGAUGUGGAGAAUGAAGAUAAUGUGGAAUAA